UCAUGCUUGGUGUUGGCUCCCGCGAUGACAGGUCGUCUUCUGUCGUCCAGUUCUCGCCAAUGAACCAGAUGUGGCCAACCCCCUCCCCCACGAGCCACCACCCCUCCACAUUUUGCGCAGAGGCAACUUAUCCCGGGCUAUCAUGGCCGAUUGGCUAGAGCAGGCCCACUGAUCACCUCUCUUGAUGACGCUUCAGCGACACAUCCCCAAUUGCCCAAGAGUGCGAUUGCUGGUUUUUCUCACAAUGAUACCAUUCCCUCCAAAAUAUACCAUUCACUUCGUUCCCCAAAACCAGUUCGCAAGUCGCCAGUAUGGAAGAUAGCGGGCCAGCCUCCAUCACAUCAGCGGAUGAGUCCCAAUCGGAUCGCCUUACGUUACUUCUGAAUCGACUUCACCAAUAUGAACGAGCACCGUGGGGAAUAGUGGAGUCAUGGCAAAAAACCCAGCAUGAUACCGAAGACUCAGCAGCAAGAAUAUUUCUCCGCUCUGGCGGAUUCCCUGCGUGGUUUGCCCAUUUUCUCACCAAAAGCGCCACGGAGGUACAAUACCACUUUGUCGGCAAAGCUGAUUGUAGCCGUUUAAUCUUCGAGCUUGAAAAUGAGCCCGCUAUAUCCCGAGAGUUAGCGGCACAAGUUGCGGCCGCAAUUCCCCCGGAAAUCAGGACGAAAAUCGAAAGUCUAUAUAACAAAAGGAUCAAACCACUGGAGAAUGGAACUAUGUCACAGCACUCAAACAAAAGACGACGCACAAUAGCAGACAACGACUGUCCGCCCAUUUCCACUGCGAACUUCCCUAGUCCGACCGCUACUCCUAGUAGCCCCAACGCGAGCCGUCUUUCUCUUGAUCGCCGCUCCCUCGAACAAGCGCCAGGAUAUAAUUCUGUUGGUUGUUUUGCCGAAGAUGAACAUGUGCUAGUCAAUGCGUCCCUUGCGGUGGCCACACGACUUCUACCCCGGGACCUCUCGAACGCGAUCAGAAGAAACCCUGACCCGAGAAACGAAGGCGCCUUGGUGGCGGCAAUAUCGAUGACAUUUCCGAACGCACCAUACACGGAUAAGUUCGGAUGUUAUAUGGCAGUAGAAGUCACGAGUGAUAAGGUUCAGCACCUUGCCCGGGAAUUAUUUGGAGUACGCCUUGAAACGAUGGCCGGGCUCCGAUAUGUUUGUCUCGCUGAGAGCAGUGCGAAAAUACUGGCCAACCCAAAGUUUACACUCCAAGGGUGCCAGUGCAGCAUCAUUCCUUCCACGUUUGGCCCGGAGUUGUCUAAUGCGAUCAUAACAGGUCCUAAAUAUCAGGAUGACGCUAGACAAUGGCGUGACUCAACAGAUGCUGUCUCGAUGGUGGUCUCACACUCGGCCCAUGAUGGAGCCGUCGUCUACCUGCACCUCGGACUGUGGGAAGGGACCGAGAUCAAGAAGAAGCUGUAUGCUUGAUAUUAAAUAACUCCCUUGAAUGCGACACUAAUUUCCUUCUUUCACUUUCCCGUCCUUCCCACCGAACCAAAGUUUCGUGUCCCUCUGCACGGUUCCUUCUCCGUCACAAGUGUCAUAUUCGGCAGUCGGCGUCUUUGUGUCGGUAGCUUUGUAAACCCGCAGAAAGCAUCCCAUCCA